AUAUAAGAUAAGUGAUACAUAAGAGGUAGCAGCCUCGAUAUGAUUGCAAGAACCAUAAUCAAGCAGUUAGAUUUCCCCGCCUCAAUUAGAUCUUCAAGCUCUAAAACCCCACUAUUUCGCAACAACCUCAUCUCCAACCUCACCACCAACAUGGCCAGUAUCCCAAUCAUCGUAUGCGGCAGGAAUCCCAAAAUCGCAGCUAGGGUCCGGCAAACCCUCCUCCCGGAAUACGAUGUAAUACACAUUAUUCUCACCCCCGAAGCCGGUGCAAAAGACAUCCCACUCCUCCUGUCCGGCAAAACACCACCUGAAACGUCCAGCAAUCACGGCUCGCAGAACUACACGCAACCCCCUAUAGCCGUCGCUGUGGGUGGUGGAUUUGACAACGAUACGUUCAAUCAGAUGAAAGAUGCGUGUAAAGAUAUAAAGGAGACAGUGUGGGUAAGGUCGCAGCUUAAUGUUGAGGGGGGCAUGCCGCCACUGAGCGAUACGGAGGCUUUUGGGGCUAGGAUUGGGGAGAGGAUCAAGGCGAAGUUUGGGGAACUGGGUGUUGGGACAGAAGAGGGCACAAAGGAAGGUCUGUUUUGGUUUUGAGGGGCAUAUCUGACCGAGGUGUUGAUACUGGCUUAUAGACGAUAUUCAGAAGUUGGCAAUGUGAG